CGUGAAUUCGUUUACUUUGUUUACAGGCGCCUUCUCGAUACUGCAUCGGCGUCUCUGUGUUGCGACGUGUAGAUUCGGUUUAUCGCACUUCUUAAGCUGAUCACUGCCACUCGACGUUUAGUACAAUAAUUUUAACAGUACGGUUUAUAUCGUCUUGGGUUUCUAAGUUGUAUGACAUUUUUUUACGAUUCCUUAAGUGGUCAUUCAUUCUCUUUUAUGACCCUCAAAGAAGUGCCUCGGUAUUACUGCGAUUACUGUGAUGCUUACCUGACACAUGACUCUCCCUCUGUUCGAAAACAGCACAAUGCUGGCUACAAACACAAGGCAAAUGUUCGCAACUAUUAUAUGCAGUUUGAAGAGCAGACUACUCUUUCUUUUAUAGAUAAGAAGUUGAGUUCUUUUGAUGGAAGCGCGUUCACAGCUUAUCAGCACGAAAUAAGUCGGGUUCUGAAAGAGCAGAUUGAGCGCCGUUCCAGUGAUAUUUUAUGAAAAGAGUCACUUUUACAGGUGCAGACAUCUUGCACAAGAAAACAUUGCUGUGGUUGAUUGAAGAGUGCAUUUCGCUGAGAAGUGUAAGGAUAUGCACUUUUUUUCGUGGUCCACCAGGUCCACCAACUUAUCACUGCCCACCAAUAUAUUUCAUUUGAGAUGACAAGAAGAUUUCAGAGAAGCAGGAUUCUUUAGUCUGACUCUGAAGCCAAAUUAAUAUCCUUAAUACCGUGUAAUGAUACGUACAGCUAAAAAUUUAAUGAAAUCAAAUAUUUCCUA